AUGGAGCUCGCACAGCUCCGCGUGGGCGUGUACGGGUCAAGCGAAGCAACCGGACACUACCGUGUCUGGCACGCUCUUCUCGAAGGUGGAUUCCACGGCUCACACAGACAAUUUCAGAUCAAGUAG